UCAAAAUCGCCUAACGAUGAUGAAAUUUUUCGUGCGGAGAUGAGAUUACACAGUAUUUGGUUUGGUGUUGUGUUGACCCCGCUAGCUUUUCCAUUAUUCGGCUGGUCUCUUCUAGAAAAAUGGCCCAUUUUUAUUCCGAUUGGUGCAAUGUAUCUUGACAUAAAUCCCACCAAAAGUUCUUCGGCAAUAGCGUUAAAAAAUUUAACAAGCUUUCUGCUCGGAGGAAUAAUAUUAGGGUUUGCUUCACCGAUAUACAAGCUGAUAAACAUAGGGUUGCUGUUUACCCUUGCCUCGGGUGUGAACGUAUUAUGCACCUCGUUGUUGGUGAUUGUGUUCUUCAAAGGUGAAAAAUGGCGAGAUGAGAGAGGGGAGGACGAAAGGUUGAAAAUGUAA